AUGGCCAGAAAGGGCCAGUUUCAAAUCAGAGGAGUGAGCAAGCUAGACAAAGAUGGUCAGUUCAGUGUCAGGCUCCCCAGCGACAUCGUCAAAGAGAAGGGGGAGCUGAAGGAACAGUGCUUUGCACAGCUACACGGUGGCCCGAAGAACACGCCUUGCCCCUCCGCCGGCGGCAGCUUCGACGCGGCGAAGCUCGUCGCCAAGACAGUCGAGGGCGAAAAGCACACGUUCGUCACUGCCGGGAAGCUGAGCUUCUCCUCUGAAACAUGCGCAUCUGCUUUCUUCUUCCCAUGGUUCUUCCCCCCCAAGUUCUUCCCUCCAGUUUACCAGGCGCCAGCCACUCCGGUGUACCAGGCACCCACACCAACCGUCUAUACACCUCCGCAGUACUUAGCACCGCCCCCUCCAGUAUACAUACUGCCGCCUCCUCCGCCACCUCCUCCGCCACCUCCUCCGCCACCUCCUCCGCCACCUCCGCCGCCACCUCCUCCGCCACCUCCGCCGCCACCUCCGCCGCCACCUCCUCCGCCACCUCCGCCGCCACCUCCGCCGCCACCUCCGCCGCCACCUUCCCCUCCAGUAUACAUGAUGCCGCCACCUCCGCCCCCUCCACCGCCUCCACCGCCCCCACCACCCCCACCGCCCCCUCCGCCACCUCCGCCCCCUCCACCGCCCCCACCGCCCCCACCGCCCCCUCCUCCGCCACCAUUCAUUAUACGAUGCCGCCCCCCCCGCCCCCCCGCCCCCGCCGCCACCGCCCCCGCCGCCACCUCCACCCCCUCCGCCACCUCACCCCCUCCACCCCUCCGCCACCUCCACCCCCUCCGCCACCUCCACCCCUCCGCCACCUCCGCCACCUCCACCCCCUCCGCCACCUCCGCCUCCCUAUUCAGUAUAUAUGAUGCCGCCCCCUCCGCCGCCACCUCCGCCCCCUCCACCGCCCCGCCGCCACCUCCGCCCCCUCCACCACCUCCACCUCCCCCCACCGCCACCUCCGCCCCUCCACCACCUCCACCUCCCCCACCGCCACCUCCGCCCCCUCCACCACCUCCACCUCCCCCACCGCCACCUCCUUAUCCAGUAUACAUGAUACCACCCUCCGCCGCCACCUCCGCCACCUCCGCCACCUCCGCCACGCCUCCUCCACCACCUCCACCGCCCCUCCGCCACCUCCGCCACCUCCGCCUCCUCCACCACCUCCACCACCUCCACCGCCCCCUCCGCCACCUCCUUAUCCGGUAUACAUGA